UCAAAUAAACACAAACGCACUUUUGCAAAUUUGUUUAAUUAUCUAUUAACUUAUGUUUUAAAUUAAGUUUUUUGCUCGUCUAAAAUACAUUUGCAUGUACAUACAUACAGUUGCUUGUCGAAGUCAUCAAGCGUCAUGCAUUUCAAGUGCAGCUCUAAUUCCAUGACCCAGCAGAUAGUUAUGCUAAUGGCACUGGUGUUUGUUGGAGGUCGACUACUGCGAGGGCUGAUUAUUCGUGGCUAAUUGCAUUACGUGUUUACUAUGAAUAUGUGAAUAUGUGGAAUAUCGUGCAACUAUAAAUAGAUCGGUGACAGUUUAAUACACAUUUAUUAAAAUACGAAAUGUUAAUGGCAUAACAGUCUGCUGUUAAUAAAAAAUGGAAUUGUUUAAAAAAUUUAGUGUCUCACAUUUUUUAAACACCUUGCUUUGUUUCGCUGAUGCUGUGACGUCCAGCAGCACGGAUUCAACGCGAAUUGUUGGUGGUCACGAUGUGCCGCCUGGCGAAUAUGUUCCCUAUCAGGUAUCGCUACAGUAUUUUACGAGAAAAAAUAAGUACCAACACUUCUGCGGUGGUUCAAUCAUAUCACCUAAUCGCAUUCUCACAGCCGCCCAUUGUUGUAAAGGUUUCGAUGUAAAGCGGAUGACGGUGCUGGCUGGGGUGCGCGAUCUUAAUGACUCAGAAGGUGUACGAGUAAAAGUUUCAUCCUAUGAUAUUCACAAUAACUACCAGGAGCUCGUUACCAGUGAUAUAGCGAUUCUGACACUUGUGGGAUCAUUGAAUUUGGAUGGAAUUCGUAUGUCAGCUAUUGAGGUGCGUGGUUCUGAUCAUGUGGACGGCGGAGUACCUGUCACCUUGACUGGUUGGGGUCUGCGGUUGCCCAUUUCCUUACCUUUCCUGCCGCCGGAGUUGGAGAACAUAAAUUAUCCAACCAUAUUGCAAACAGUAAACUACCACACCAUUACUAACCAGGAAUGCACAUAUAGUGGAAUGGAGGACCUCACAGAAACGGAAAUUUGCGCACGCGGUGCCAUACUUACGGGUGCUUGUUCAGGCGACUCUGGUGGACCACUGGUGAUGAAAACAAGCGCCGGUUUGCAUCAAGUAGGUAUUGUCUCUUACGGGCUGUUUGUUUGCGGAGUCUUCACUGUCAUUCCGGAUGUGUACACUAGAGUAUCCAUAUUUGAUGACUGGAUACAGGCGCGUAUGCUUUAACUAUACUUUAAAAUAAGGCAUAAAUACAUACAUAUAUACAUAUUUAAAAAAGAAUUUGUGCUUUUAUUUCAUAUGUCGAUACGUUCACCAUACUAACAUAUUUCUAUCUGUAACCAGAAAUUUUCUGUAUGAAUUACUAUGCUCCAAUGUAGUUAUCCUUGUAAUAAACUUAAAUUAUGAAACCAUUGAA